AUGAACCAAAUACUUUAUUCUAAAUUUACGGAACGAGCAAGUACAUUUGGAAGCUGCAUCGCUUGUAUGACAGAUUCAAAUAUUUUGAAGCGUGUUUGGGAGGGUAAGGUUCCUGCCUGCUUUACGUUGGCACAAGAGGAUUUAGCUCAUGAAGAUCAUGCUCCUCCGCCUAUUUAUAUGUUCCUUCCUCGUGUUUCUUAUUUUCCAUUGGUUACUGAAAAAGUUAUAAGACAAUUCAGUCAGUUUUCUGAAUGUGCACUCAAGACUGCAUCCAAAGAUAUGACUUCUGAGACACGGGGCAAAUUAGAACAUGAAAUGCAAUACACGCAAACCGAUCAGAUUGAUACUUUCAAACAGCAUCCUUUAAUACACGAAUUUUGGCUUGAAUAUGCUCAUCAACCCUUGAAAUGGCACUAUCCGAUUGGGCUUGUAUUUGAUAUGUGUGCAGAUACAAUGGACAUUCCAUGGAAGAUAACAGUUCAUUUUAGUAAUUAUCCAACUGACUUGCUUUUAUCCCCACCGGUAAAUCGACUCGCUGUUGAAGCUCAUUUCCUGUCGAUGAUUAAAGAAGCCGAUGCUUUAAAGCAUCGUAGCUACGUUAUCAACCAAAUGCAAGCUAGAGAUCAUCGGCAAUUAUGGAAUGGCUUACUACACUUUCGAUAUGACCAAUUUUGGUCGAUCAAUAGUAAAUUAAUGGAGCCCCUUCCACAAAAUACCAAGGAUCUUCCUUUAGAGGAAAUAUCUGCCCCUGAAAUUCCAGAAAACAAACCAUUGUCUUCAAGUCUCGAUAGUAUGUCAUCUUCAAAGUGUAGGACUUUUCGUUACAUUCCAUGUCGUCUUUAUUGUGUUUCUGAGAAUACAAGUUCCACACCAUCUGGUUUCAUUCAAAAACUUAUUCGUCCUUUAAAUGAUGACGGUUCGCUUACUUCACUUCAAGAUGCUAUCGAAAUUCUUUUGCAUACAAAUAAAAUUCCACUUGUACAAAAUACCAAACCAAAAGGGUAUCUGUUUUUCAUCCAUGGUAUCACAUUACCCCACGAAACACCGAUGCAAUGGAUCAGUGAACACUUAUCCUAUCCUGACAAUUUUGUGCAUAUUGUUGCACGUCCUCAAAGCCAUUCUCAUCGGAUUAAAAUUCAUAAUUCUUCAUAA